AUGUCUGCAUUCAACGGUCUCCCCACCAACUAUCUCAUGAGAGAAGACUGCAUCAGGCUGGUAAAUGAUCACUACGAUCUGUUCUUCGAGUUCCUGCCUUUUAUAGAGGUGGGACCGAAGCCUACAGCUAUCUUGACCGAUCCGCAGGGUACUGUCGUCCUUUGGGCUCAGAACACUUUACCAAGGACGGAAUGGGUUGACAUGACUCACUUUGGUGUUCGUCGCACAUUGUUUGAGCUGGCGGACAGUGGUGCAUUCUGUGAUGAAUACCAAAUGAUCAGGUAUCAGUUCAUGCCACCAUUCGUCUAA